AUGAAAAACUUUAAAAUAUCUUAUUUUUUUAAUUGGUUUUUUUUUCUUAGUUUAUCAUUAACACUUUUAUUUAAUGAUAAUUUAUUUUCAAAUAUAACAGAAGGAACAUUGCAAAAAACACAUCAAAAAUUGUUGGAGAAAACAAAAAGGAACCUUGCUGAAGGAACAUAUUCAAGUAAAAUAAGCAGAGUCAUAGCAAAAAGUUCUAACUCCACAGACAUAAGGGAGCGUGUAAAUAGCAUAUGUGAAUGCCUUUAUAUGGCAUAUAAAGAUACGGCUAAUUGGUUUUCACAUUAUGAAUAUAAUGACCCUGAAUCAAAAUUUAAAAAUAGUAUAAUAAUUGGUGAUCAAAUUGAAAGACGUUUAUCUUGGGAAGGAUUCAAAUUAUCGUACAAAUUAAUACGAGAUGAAAUAAUAAGAACAAAAGAGCGUAAUGAUUUAGUUGCUUCAGUGGAGAAAACAAAAAGCGAAUUUACUCAUAUGAUGAGCAUUUUUCAAAUGGAAAAUGAUCUGACAAAAGAUUUAUUAAAUAAUAUGAUUGGUAAACCGUACGACGUAUUAGAAACCCUAAUAAAUGAUGAGGAGAAAAUAGUGAAGAAAAUUAAAGAGGAAUUACAAAAGAGAAAUCUUAACCUUCCACCAAAUCAUAUUCAUAGAAUGGCUCUUAGGAUAAGUAGACGUGCUCAUGACAUCGGUUAUGAAGAAGGUAUUUUAGAUAAAUAUAUUCCUGAGCCCCAAGAUUGUUAUCUGGAAGAGUUCAAAAAUUGA